UAGUCGAGACCGCAACUCAUCGGACAAUUAGAGCAUUAAGUCCAAAUUAGACCAGUAGGUGUUAGGCUUACUGUCAGUGGUGCAGCAGAUUACCAACCACUCCGCCAGCCAAUGACAGCCGGGAGAGGCAUGAUCCCCUCGACGUGACCGUCUGAAGGCUUCUGGAAGAGGGAAAAGCCAGAGGCGCUUCACCUGAGGAACUUGGAUUUCUUCCCGAAAGACCAACCAGGUUAAACAAUCAUGUCCAUGCUACAACAAGUCCCCCUGACAGUGGCCAUGUGUGUGCUGCUCUUAGCCACACUGACCCCCACCUCGGAGGCCCGACGCGGCGGAGGCUUCAGGGGGGGUUGGGGCGGCAGCAGGCCAGCCUACAGGCCGGCCCCUCCCAGAAGCAACGGACCCAGUGCGGGUAAAGUAGCCGGCGCUGCGGCGGCGGGAGCCAUCGGGGGAGCCAUGCUGGGGUCCGCUCUGAGCCGCCCCGGGUACGGCUACGGCGGAGGGUACGGGGGAUACGGAGGGUACGGGGGCUACGGGGGAGGCUACGGCUACGGCUACCCGCGGUACGGCGGUGGCUACGGACCCAGGCCUGCGUAUGAGCCGGAGGGCUCCGGAGAUAUGGAGUACUACACCGGCGCGUCCAGCGGCCCCAUCUACAACAGCAUCAUCGUUGUGAUCGGCUCCCUGCUCUCUCUGCUGCUCAUCAUGUGAAGACACGCUGAGGGUAGCUAGCAAAAGUUGCACCUGCAACACCACCCUCCAAAAAUUACAAGCUACGGCUUUACUGGACCUCGUCUGCACCGAAACCCGUCGAGGACAGCGAGUUGGCGCAAGAAGUAGUGUGCACCGAGAGUCUGUUCGCACUGACGGGCACUACAGCGGUAGACUAAAUGUAACUUGCAACCUAAACAAUCAGGGAACUGAAAAAUGCUGACGUCGUCGAGGGCUAGAGGAGGAGUUUUAAAUCUGAUUGGUUAAAAUGACAAUGAUGUGUUAAUGAAUCGAAAUUCAAAUGAUUGUGAAAGAAACAUUCUCAUGGUGAAAAUAGUUUACCUUUGAACUUUCAGCACUAUUGAUUCUGCUGGCCCUGGGCUGAUUUCAUUGACGUGGCAGCACGUAGACGCUGGAAUCCGAUAUCUAACGUCCACAUGACGUACUGGCAGUAGUGCAGCCAAAGGAAAUGAAGAGAAUAACGUGGGGAAGGAACGAAUAGAAUCCCAUGAAUGAAAUAUUAGAAUUGAAGAUGUCGACGUAGAUCACUGCUUCUGUUAAGUGUUGCGGGCAGCGACGGCAUCUGUGUUGUUGUUAUAUUAUAACCUGCUAAUUUGAGGACAUCAAAGUUCUGCCUUCACUAUCGUGAUAUUGCUUACUGUCAGACAGGCACUCCAAUCAAUCUCAGUUAAUCGUGCGGAGCUAUUCGAUUGUCUAGGGGUACCUAAUGAAAUGGCUGUUGCGUGGAAAUGCAGUCAUUGAAUAUGAAAUUGUGUAAGGAUCCUGAGUAGAUCCCAGGGAAGUCACAUGAGGACCAAAUAGUGCUCAUGACUAAUACAGCUUUGGUUCAGCCAAUCAGUACAAUGCUUGUUUGUAAUAAAUCUUUAUGAGAUCAACAUGUUUUUGUAGACUGUUAUGAUGACAAAUGUGCUUUACUAUUGUAGAUUGUUCCUUAAUUUAAGACAAAUUACAAUAAAUAAAGACAGUUUGA